UUUCACAACAAUUCACGCUAAUACGUUGAAGCGAACAGACGCGUUUUAAAGAAAGAAAAAAGUUUUAAAAACAUAUAAACAUUUAAAUACAUAUCUUCUUAUAAAUCAAUUCAGCAUCCUUGUAAAUCAUUAUGGCUUUGACUCUUCAAGAAAUAAAGAAAAUGUUUAAAGAAAUGUUUUGUGAAUUUAAAAAAGAAAUGUUUAAUGAGUUUAAAAAAGAAACCGAAGCUAUGUUUAAAAAACACGAACAAACAGUUCUAGACAUAAUCAGUGGAAAUCUGAAAAUUUUAAACGAAAGAUUGGACAAGCUUGAGACCAAUGCUAAUGAAAAUGUAAUAAAAAUCAAAAAAAUUGAAAAAGAAAUUGAAGAAAUAAGCGAUAGCAUAAACUUUAACGAAAGCAUUAUUGAUAAAAAAAUCGAAUACAAUAGCAAACAACUAGAAAAGGAAUUAAUCGAAAACGAAAUUUUAAAAGAAAAACAUCGAAAACUUGAAGAUCGUUCACGUAGAAAUAAUCUACGAAUAGAUGGAUUAUACGAAGACGAAAAAGAAACCUGGGGACAAACAGAAGAAAAAGUCCACUUAUUUUUCAAACAAAAACUUGGUGUUGAAGACAUUGAAAUUGAGCGUGCCCAUCGCACAGGACAAAAGAAAAAUGGAAAACCUCGGACAAUAGUCCUCAACCUUCAACGAUAUAAAGAUAAAGUAAAAAUACUGAAAGAACUACAACGAAUAAAAGGAACAAACAUUUUCGUUAACGAAGACUUUUCACUCGAAACCGUUGCCAUCAGGAAAAAAUUGUUUACUGACGUAAAACAAAGACGUUUAAACGGAGAGAAUGUUGCGGUUCGGUAUGAUAAAAUUAUUUGUUUUAAAAAUUCUUUUUAUGAUAACAAUAGAAAAAAGUAAAACUAA